AGUCUUCAGGGGACCCACGUCUUGGCAGGGCCCUCCGAUGAAUCCAGGUUCCCCACGGCGAUGCCUAACGACCUUCAAAAACCCUGCCCCUGCCCACUGCGCCCAGCAGAGUGCCUUCUCCUGGGAGGCUGACCACAGUGCUCCUGGAAACGUGAAAUCACACAAGCUUCCCACAGAAUGCAUUUUCUCGUUUUUCCGUUUCGGAGCCCCUGCUCUGCUGGGAUCACGAAUAUGUGCCCAGGAACCGGCAUUCCGGAUCCGGGCGUCAGCUCUCCAAGAGCAGGUGCAGCCCGCACUAGGGACCCCAGACCCGGAACCUUCGAAGCCAGGAACCCUGGAGGGCUGCAGCUAUACGGGGACUGGGAUCUGGGAGGACUUCCUGUUGUCCCUAAUCCCAGUCUCCACCCGGCUGCUCCAGCCGCCGGUGCAGGCUGAGACUCCCUUCCCAGGGGAGGGGGCCCCGCUGCCCGAGGUGCCCCCUCCACCUCCGCUCCGGCUCCUGGCCACAAGCUGGAGGGGGCUGGGCAGACGCAAGGGAGAAAACACUCGGCGGAUCUUCCCGGCUCUGAAAUCAGAAAUGUCUGUGGAGGGCGGAGGCAGCCGGGCUACCGAGGACCGGGAGCGAGCCUGGGAGGAGCCAAGUCGAGAAAUGCAGUCUGGGCCAGAGGAGACGGUGCCUCUGGGAGCUGCUCAGGGGUCAGCAUGCGUUAAGACGGAGCCGGAAGAGCCGCGUCCAGAGGAGGCACCGCAGGAGAGCGUGCAGGGCUGGCCGUCGCUGGGCCCUGGCUCUCGGGAGAAAGCGUGCUUCCUGCCUGGUGCAGCCCUGCCCUCCUCCCGGAUCCCCGUGCUUUCCCGCGAGGGGAGGACCAGAGACCGGCAGAUGGCCGCAGCGCUUCUCACGGCCUGGUCCCAGAUGCCGGUGACCUUUGAGGACGUGGCUCUGUACCUGUCCCGGGAGGAGUGGGGUCGGCUGGACCACACACAGCAGGACUUCUACAGGGACGUGCUGCCGAAGAGGAACGGGCUGGCCCUGGGUGAGGGCUCGCCUGGGGCCCUGCGAUGGGGAGGCCGCCCUGUGCCUGGCUUUCCCUUCGGCAGGCCUUUCUGGGCCGCUCACGUGCCGGGGAAGGGUGAGGCCUUGAGUUCGGGCCGGCCCGCGGGAGAGGCGAAGGAGAAGCGAGGCGCAUGCGCAGAAUCGCUGGAGGCGGGGAAGGAGGCGCCAUUCCCCUUGGUGGCCGCCCCUGGCGAUGCGAAGCCCUUCGGAAGCCGGCUGGGGGCUCCAGGGGACGCCCUGCAGUGCGGGCAGCAAGCAGCCAGCGGCCAGGGCGCAGAGCCCGUCCGAGUGGAAACGGGGUCUCCGGAGGAGACGCAGCCAAAGCCAGUCCCGCCCGACCCUCGUGGCCCGAAGCCCCAGGAGGGCCGCGCCCCUGAGAAACCCAGCGAGGAGGAGAAGGGCGCCCCCGAGAGCGGCGAGGAGGGCCUGGGCCCCGACGGCGACGCGGCCCGGAAGACCUACAAGUGCGAGCAGUGCGGCAAGGCCUUCAGCUGGCUCUCGCACCUGGUGACGCACCGGCGCACGCACACCGGCGAGAAGCCCUACGCCUGCACGGACUGCGGCAAGCGCUUCGGCCGCAGCUCGCACCUCAUCCAGCACCAGAUCAUCCACACGGGCGAGAAGCCCUACACCUGCCCGUCGUGCUGGAAGAGCUUCAGCCACCACUCGACCCUCAUCCAGCACCAGCGCAUCCACACCGGCGAGAAGCCCUACGUGUGCGACCGCUGCGCCAAGCGCUUCACGCGCCGCUCGGACCUGGUCACCCACCAGGGCACCCACACGGGCGCCAAGCCGCACAAGUGCCCCAUCUGCAGCAAGUGCUUCACGCAGAGCUCGGCGCUGGUCACCCACCAGCGCACCCACACCGGGGUCAAGCCCUACCCGUGCCCCGAGUGUGGCAAGUGCUUCAGCCAGCGCUCCAACCUCAUCGCGCACAACCGCACGCACACGGGCGAGAAGCCCUACCACUGCCUCGACUGCGGCAAGAGCUUCAGCCACAGCUCGCACCUCACCGCCCACCAGCGCACGCACCGCGGCGUGCGGCCCUACUCCUGCCCGCUGUGCGGCAAGAGCUUCAGCCGGCGCUCCAACCUGCACCGGCACGAGAAGAUCCACACCACCGGGCCCAAGGCCCUGGCCAUGCUGAUGCUGGGGGCCGCGGCGGCGGGGGCGCUGGCCGCUCCCCCGCCGGCUCCCACCUAGGAGGCCGGGGACACUCAGGGCGCCUGGGACAGCCCAGUGGAAGGUGAGGCCCAGGGAGGAGCAAGGGCCUUGACACUGGGAAGGGAGCUGGGGCGGAGCAGGCAUGGGGUGGGGCAUGAAGAUGUGGGCGGAGUGAGGGGAGGAGCAGCUGCCUAUUAAAGGCCUUGGAAUUCCAGCGAUGGCCACAGCUCUGUCUCAGGGGCCCUGGCGCCGAGCCUGAGUGUGGCGGGUUCUGGACCAAGCGGGCGUUUGUUCAGGCAUCCUGAGUCUGCCCCGUCGUCGGCUGCAUUCCAGAGGGCUGGGGCCCUAAGUCUGCCAGCAGGUUUCUGAGUAGCAGGCUUCCCAGUGUGAAGCCAGCCAGUUGGCCACUGGUGCCAAGGGCACAGCCCACUGAGCCCUUUUGGGGGCCAGGAGUAGGGCAGAGCCAGCUAGGACACUUCUGCCACCCCACUGCCCAUCUCAGGCGUGUCUGAGCGCUGGUCCAUUCUUGCAGCCGCUGCAUCACCUCCUUGGCCCCGUGGUAAUUUGCCCUGCCCACUGUUCCCAGCUCUGUUUGGUUCCUGGCCUUCCUUUGGUUUUUAACUUCCGUGGCUUCCAGGUUCCAAUCCCCCCCCCCCCCCCCCCCCCACUGAAGGAGGGGUGGGCUCAGCCUGAGAUGACAUUCAGCCCUGACACCAACUGGCCACGAGACUGCAACCGGGAGGCCACAGCUAGCUCCGUGGGUCACAGGGCACCUGGGUGGCCACAGCCCUGGUUGCUCCUGGCUCCUGGGGGCUGCAGCGGCUCGAAGUCGGUGGAGGUCAGGCUGCCGGGCGGGGGACAGGCCCCGUAUAGACGGCGCCUGUACUCAGCAAGGCUGACCAGGUUUAUCACCCCAGAACAGACCAGGUGGUGGAGGCUGAGAGACAUUCUGGAACAACUUGGAAUCCACGUGUGGGGCUGCAAGGACCAGCCCUGAUCCAGGGCCUGCAGCGGCAGACUGAGCGGUGUGUGGGAUGGUGAGGCAGGGCUGUCGGGCGAGGAGGCCCAUGGAAGCAGCUGGACGCCCGGCAGGACGUGGUGGUCUGCGAGGUCUCAGCGGCCGCUGGCAGGGUUGGUUGAAGAGGCCGGAAAGAAAGCGGAUUGUCUCAGCCUGUCAUGGCUGCCGGUACUCAGCUAGAGAUGGGAUUUUUCCGCUCAAUGAGGUGGGGCCGGGGUGGGGGGCGUAUUAGCUUUUUGUCAUAACUAAAAUACUUAGGAAAGUUUAUUUCUAGCUUAUAGUUUUGGAGGCUCACCGUCCAAGGUUGGGGGGCCCAGUUUGGCGUCUGAUGAUGGCAGAAGGUGUGCCAGGGAAGGGUCACCUGGCGAGCCGGGAGGCUCAGAGAGAGGAGGAGACAGGAAAGAGCCAGGUCAGUCUCCAGGAAGCGACCCUUUCUCAAGGAGCCAGACUCCUCCCACAGGGCCCACCGCCCAGAUGCCGUGAUUAGAUCCAGAAUCUACUCGAUCUACUAGUAUAGGACCAACCCCUCAGUAUGUGGUCCUUAGGGGACAUUGAGACCACUACGGGGACUCAGUCCUAAAGCAGGCUUGCGCUCACGGGGCUGGCUGAUGACCCAGCGAAUUAUCCAGGGGCUGCACUGCCUCCCGGGAGCCCAGGGGCCAGGGUGUGGGGGGAAGGCUUCCCCUUCACAGCCACAGGACUCCAAGCGACCCACUGACUGUGCCACAGGUGGCCCUCCCCUGCCCGCUUGUGCCCAGGGACCCUUCCAGAAGUCACCAUGCUGGGACAAGUGUGGCAACAAGAGUGGAACUGGGAAGUCCUAGAUAAGAGCCAAUGAGACCAGGGAGGCAGCUGGCGCUGUGUCGCGGCGGUGGGGGUACGCGUGAGGGGUGGGCGUUGGGGCCCCAGGUCCGAGAUGGGGAAGCCAAGGGUCGUGGCGUGUCUGGGUGGAGGGGAGGCGGCUCAGGGGCUCGCCUUGGCUUCCACCGCAGACCCCGUCCUGACGGGGUUACCGCUGACCUGCGCGGUCAGCAGCAGGCCGAGGGGUGAGGGGCCGGAAUGCUUCCGUGUCCGCUUCCACCCCCUUCCCUGCGGCCUGUGCGAGGCCGGCUGUGGCUCCAAGGCCCUGCUGUCGGUGCGUGGAGCCCACCGAGGGCUGCCGCCCCCGGGAGGGGCUAGGGUUUGCGCGCGCCUGGCCCCUGGGUCUGGAGGCCCGGGGUUCCCACGGCGCCGACCGCCGCGCUGGAUCGAAGCCGGACGCUCCGCCCUUCCCGUGGCUCUCAGCCAAUCAAACGUCGGGGCGGAACUAGCAGAACUGGCCAAUCACGACGGGCGUUUGUGCUCCGAGCAGCUCCUCCCCUUCCACGGUUGCCCGGGUAACCGCCCACGGCCCCGGGCUGGCCCGCUUCGCGUUCUCCGCGGAGAUCCCACAGAUCCUUCCCUGACUUCCGGCUUCGCGCGACCGCUGCCGGUUCCGACGUCGGCCUGGUCGGAGGCGCCCUGAGUCCUCUGGGCUCCCGGGCAGUGGCGGGCGGAGCGUGCGGGGAGCCGGCCGCGGGGGAGAUUGAGGCGGGCGAGGCCCGCGGUGAGGGUGAGGAUGAGGGUGCAGGGCCGGGAGACGUGGCCGUCCCAGGUGCGGCCCUGCUGCGUCCGCGCGUUCGUUUUCCAGGACGAGGUGGAUGCUCGCGGAGCUGAGGUGACGCCGGGGCUGGGGGCUGUGGCCCGUGGAGCGGACAGUGGCGAGGUCCUGAGGGCGCCCCUCGCGCUCCGGCACCCGGGGGCACCCCGCUGUUAGCUGACGAGGCUCCGAGCGGGCCGAGGGUUCGGAGGAGCCUCCCGAGACCAUCCGAGCGAGGCCCGGGCGAGCGUUGCGGGGAGCCGGUGCGGGAGGCUUGGGGGCGGGAGCCGCUGACCUCUCCCGCCGCCAGCGUUUGCGAGUUGGCAGCAGCGGGACUGUGGCAGGGAGAGGGCGGGCGUAGCUGACUGACGGCGGGGCAGGUCUCCGCCCUGCUGUCCCUUAGGUGGCGGGUUCCCCCAGGGAGCUCGGCUGUUUGGGCUGGGGCUCUGGAUCGCUCGCUCCCCCGAGGUCUGCGUCUUAGCCGUUCCCCGGCAGGUAGCCCCUGAAGGUCGCAGGCAAGCCCCUGCUGGAGAGGCAGUCUGGCUGGUGACGAGGCGGCCAGCGAGCUUUCUCCUGGUGCAGGAGGUGCCUUCCGCUGAGAGGAGCCUCGGGUGGGGGGUUCGGGCCGUGCUCAGUAGCUCUCCCUUCGGCCUUAGGUCCGUCUGGCGUCUUCCCCCAGAGCCGCCCACCGCGGAGCCCAGGUGUCCUCCCGCUGACUCUUUAAGCUUGAACUCUACCACGAACACCCUGCCCUGUUCCGCGUGCCGCCCCUGGAGUCCACUCUCGCCCUCCAUCCCCAGGCUUCUUUUGUGCAGACAGGCACAGGCCGAUACAGACUUCUCUGUGUGUGAGCCGUCUCCUCUUGGUGGGUCAUCGGCGCGCUCUCAGCUGGGAGCGUGCUGAGCUGAGACCCCACUCGUGGCUCUGUUGCUAACCGCCGCGUGGGGGGGGGGAGGGGCUCGAGGACAAUGGGCACUUAUCCCAGGAUGCGCAAGCAGAGGGUUUCCACCGUCAGGGGAGGCUCAGAAGGAGGGGUCAUCAAGACUGUGUUUCAUCUGGACCCAACAGGUGCCGAAGCACCGCCCAGUAACUAUGUUCUAGUUCUGGACUUGACCAAGAGAAAGAAGGAGCAAGCUGGAGAAUAGCAAGCAGCACGUGUGGUUUUUUUUUUUUAAUACUGUAAUGCUGCAAUGAAUGUCCUUGAAAUUUUUUUAAAGAUUAUUUAUUUGAAAGGCAAGAGUUACAGAGGGGCAGAGAGACAGACUGACCUUCCAUCCACUGGUUCACUCCCCAAAUGGCUGCAACAGCCAGAGCUGUGCACAGUGCCGGCCCUCGGGCACUCAGGUGUUAGCAGUACACCACUGGGGUGGACAUUUGUGCAGCAGGUAAGAUGCUGCUUGAGGGGCCGGCGCUGUGGCGUAGCAGGUAAGCCGCCACCCUCAGUGCUGGCAUCCCGUAUGGGUGCCGGUUCAAGUCCCAGCUGCCCUGCUUCUGAUCCAACUUUCUGCUGUGGCCUCGGAAAGCAGUGGAAGAUGGCCCACGUCCUUGGGCCUCUUCACUUACGUGGGAGACCUGGAAGAGGCUCCUGGCUCCUGGCUUCGGAUCAGCGCUGCUCCAGCCCUUGUGGCCGGAGUGAACCAACAGAUGGGAGACCUCUCUCUCUGUAACUCUGCCUUUCACAUAAAUAAAUUAAACAUAAGUUGCUUGGGAUACCUGCAUCACCUGCAUCUCACAUCAAGUGCCUGGAAUAGGGUCCUGGCUCUGCUCUGUAGUCCACCUCCCUGGUAACGCACAUCCUGGGAGGCAGUGGGUGCUGCCCUGAGAGCUGGGUCUGUUCCACUCAUCCAGGAGACCGAGACUGAGUUCCUGGCUCCUGGAUUUGACCUGGCCCAGCCAUGGCGGUUGUGAGCUGGGUCUGUUCCACUCAUCCGGGAGACCGGGACCGAGUUCCUGGCUCCUGGAUUUGACCUGGCCCAGCCAUGGCGGUUGUGAGCUGGGUCUGUUCCACUCAUCCGGGAGACCGGGACCGAGUUCCUGGCUCCUGGAUUUGACCUGGCCCAGCCAUGGUGGUUGUGAGCUGGGUCUGUUCCACUCAUCCGGGAGACCGGGACCGAGUUCCUGGCUCCUGGAUUUGACCUGGCCCAGCCAUGGCGGUUGUGAGCCUUUCAAGAGUGAAACAGCUGGCCCCGCGGCUCACUAGGCUAAUCCUCCGCCUGUGGUGCCGGCACCCCGGGUUUUAGUCCCCGCUGGGGCACCGGUUCUGUCCCGGUUGCUCCUCAUGGGAGACCAGGAGGAGGCACCUGGCUCCUGGCUUUGGAUCGGCACAGUGCACCGGCCGUAGCGGCCAUUUUGGGGGGUGAACCAACGGAAGGAAGACCUUUCUCUCUGUCUCUCUCUCUCACUGUCUAACUCUGCCUGUCACAA